GCAGCCCGCGAGCCGCCCUUCCUCCUUCCCGUGUCGUAGCCCCGGCCCGUGGGCAUGGAGACGUGCUCAGCUCCCGCAAGAGCAAUCAAGCCAAUUGACCAACAGUCGGUGCAUCAGAUCUGCUCAGGACAAGUUGUGCUUAAUCUCAGCACUGCUGUCAAAGAAUUGGUGGAGAACAGUCUAGAUGCUGGUGCUACUAACGUUGAUGUUAAGCUGAAAGAAUGUGGAGCAGAUCUGAUUGAAGUAAUGGACAAUGGAGGUGGAGUACCGGAAGAAAAUUUUGAAGGGCUAACCCUGAAGCAUUACACUUCCAAGCUGCAAGAGUUCUCUGAUCUUGUGCAUGUGGAUACCUUUGGAUUUAGAGGUGAAGCUCUGAGUUCCUUAUGUGCGCUGAGCAACCUGACCAUUGUGACCUGUCACAAAGCAGCCAAGGUUGGAACCCGUCUGGUGUACGAUCAUAAUGGCUGCAUUAGACAGAAAGUGCCACAUCCCCGACAGAUUGGGACAACUGUGAGUGUUCAGCAGCUGUUCACACUUCCUGUAAGGAACAAAGAGUUUCAGCGGAAUAUUAAAAAGGAAUAUGCUAAAAUGGUGCAGGUCUUGCAAGCUUACUGCAUCAUCGCUACAGGUGUGCGGAUAAACUGUACAAAUCAGGUUGGACAAGGAAAACGGAACCCUGUUGUUUGCACUAGUGGAUGCAGCACUAUAAAAGAGAACAUCAGUGCUGUAUUCGGGCCAAAACAGCUGCAAAGCCUUGUCCCAUUUGCUCAAAUGCCCCCUAGUGAGACUGUUUGUGAAGACUAUGGACUUAAAGCUGCUGAAAUUCCUGAAAAGCUGUACACAAUCGCAGGAUUUUUGUCUCGAGGAGAUCAUGGAAUUGGUAGAAGUUCUACUGAUCGACAGUUUUUUUUCAUUAAUCAACGACCAUGUGAUCCACCGAAGGUUUCAAAACUUGUGAAUGAAGUCUAUCAUAUGUAUAACAGGCACCAGUAUCCGUUUGUUGCCCUGAAUAUCUGUGUUGACGCUGAGUGUAUUGAUGUCAACGUUACACCUGACAAGAGACAAAUUUUUCUUCAAGAGGAGAAGCUACUCCUUGCGAUUCUGAAAUCAUCCCUUAUUCAGAUGUAUGACUCAGGUGUCAACCAGUUCAGUGUUAUCCAGAAGUAUCCAGUGAUAGGAACUCGUAAAGAAAUUCCACAGACAACGGACACCAGUAACUUUGCCAAAACCGAGCGGGAUGCCCCUGUUGUGACAUCGCACUCCGAGAAAAUAAAGUGUAACAGUAUUGCCAGGUUACGAGAGGCGUUCUCCCUGCGGCAGUCCUUGUCAUGCGAUCUGAAGCAUAGUAGACAGCAGUCUGGGCAGAGGAAACUGCAGUCUUUUUUCACUGGUUGCGCACAACCGAGCAGCCCACGACAGAACUGUGUACCCGAUCCAAACGAUUGCGAUGCGUCAUUGUGUUCUGAUAAAACAGAGGAUUCCAGGAACCCCGAAAGCAAAACCGAUUCUGGUAAAGGCAGCACAACACCCGAUUCAGUGCUCAGUUGCAGCACGCCUGACGUAACCUCUUCAUCCCAAUCGCCUGACAGUUUGACCGGUUCGCCUGAAGUUAAAGGCAGUGAAGAACUGAGAGCUGAAACAAUGAGCAGCGGCAUUGAACUUCCUGAGUUGGGUCUGUCAACAGGGAAAGAUGAUUCAAAGAAGGGUGAAGACAGUCUGCCAUUGACUGACUUAAUGCCAGACAAUUACAUCCAUCAAGGUACCAAACGCUUAAAAGUCGAUCACCAGCAUUUGGUGCCUGGUUUAUCAUCUCGUCUCCCGCACCCUGUUGCUUCACAAGUUGAUCGGCCUGUAGAAAUGAAUAAAACGAUUGAGACGCUCCUUUUCUCCAUGGACCAGUUGAGUGAAAGGAUGAAGAAAAUCAACAGGCAGCAAGCGGAUCAGGAAGAUGCACAGAAAUGCAGGAAAUUUCGAGCCCAGAUUAAUCCUGGGGAUAAUCACGCAGCAGAGGAUGAACUUCGAAAGCAGAUCAGCAAAGACAGGUUUGCACAUAUGGAGAUUAUUGGGCAGUUCAAUUUGGGAUUUAUCAUCACCAAGCUGGACUCCGACCUGUUUAUUAUAGACCAGCAUGCCACUGAUGAGAAGUACAACUUUGAGAUGUUGCAGCAGCACACAGUUCUUCAAGGUCAAAAGCUUAUAGCACCCCAGAAACUUCAUUUAACAGCAGUCAGUGAAACUGUACUUAUGGACAACUUGGAAAUAUUCCGGAAAAAUGGUUUUGAUUUUAUUAUAGAUGAAGAAGCCUCUCCUACUGAGAGAGUGAAACUGGUUUCCCUGCCAACGAGUAAGAACUGGACCUUUGGUCCACAGGAUAUCGAAGAACUUAUUUUCAUGUUGAGUGACUCUCCAGGACUCAUGUGCCGCCCUUCAAGAGUCAGGCAGAUGUUUGCAUCCAGAGCUUGCAGAAAGUCGGUGAUGAUUGGAACUGCACUUCAGAUGAGUGAGAUGAAGAAGUUGAUAACACACAUGGGUGAGAUUGAGCAUCCUUGGAACUGCCCACAUGGACGUCCAACCAUGAGACAUUUAGCAAACCUGGACAUGAUAUCUGUGGAAUGAUCUGCUGCAAUACAAGCUUCUUUUUUUUUAACACAUAAGACAAAGUUGAAAUUUUACUCCCAAUUAUGCCAUUCCAAGAUAUAGUUGCUGUUUUUUAUUUUGAAAUGUAUAAUUUCAAAUCUUAUUAAAUUGCGCUAGCAAUAAUUGUCAUUUUACUGAAACUUGUUUUUUUGCAAUUUUUAAUCACUUUAUGCAGGUUCAUGGGAGCAUUUGUCAAUUGUUUUUCAUGUUGUUUAUUAAAUUACAUAGUUUCGUUUUUAUUUUUCA